CAGCGAAACAAAUAGAGCGCCGUUGUAAAUAACAAACCGUCCAAGCACGUUCCGUGGAGAAGUUUUCGUCGCGACGUUCGCGAUGCACAGCGCCCUGUGAUCACCUCUCGGUGCUGUCAUAUUCAUAUAACCAGGACGCGAACCGUCCACGCGGCAAGGAACCUGCGACCGCGGUCACAGCCACAAAUUCACUACCGUUGAAUGCGUCACGCGCGUACACGAGCAUCGAGGAACGCGGCUAAAGAGGCAGUUCGAGCCGAGGAUCAUCAUCGCCAGGAUGCAAUUGCGAAAGCGAAGCUACCUUGUGCCACGUCCUCACCUACGACUCGCCUAGCUCCUCAUGCUAGUCUCAUCUUUCGAACUGCUUGGAGCACAGCAUGAAGGAGAUGCUUGGAGGGUGCUGCGUGUGUUCUGACGAGAGGGGUUGGACUGAAAAUCCGUUGGUGUACUGCGAUGGCCAAGGUUGCACCGUUGCCGUACAUCAAGCUUGUUACGGUAUCGUUACGGUACCGACCGGACCAUGGUACUGCAGAAAAUGCGAAUCACAGGAACGAAGUGCACGCGUGCGUUGUGAGUUGUGUCCAAGUCGAGACGGAGCUCUUAAGAGAACGGAUCAGGCUGGUUGGGCACACGUCGUUUGCGCGCUCUAUAUACCAGAAGUUCGUUUUGGAAAUGUGACAACAAUGGAGCCAAUUAUUUUGCAACUUAUACCGACGGAAAGAUUUAGUAAAUCGUGCUAUAUCUGCGAGGAGCAAGGAAGAGGUAGUAGAGCAAAUGUGGGAGCCUGUAUGCAAUGCAACAAGACAGGCUGCAGGCAGCAAUUUCAUGUUACGUGUGCGCAGGCUCUUGGCUUGCUCUGCGAAGAAGCUGGCAACUAUCUUGAUAACGUUAAGUACUGCGGAUAUUGUCAGCAUCACUAUUCAAAAUUGAAAAAGGGUGGUAAUGUAAAAACUAUACCACCUUACAAGCCAAUACCUGCUGAUAAUGGCUCGUCAGACUCGUCUCCUGAAAAGGAAGCAGAAACACCAAUAAAAUCUUCGUCAAGUGGUAAACGAAAGAGUUCAAGUUCCAAAUCCGCUACCAAUUCUAAAAACAAAUCUAAUACUAGUCCAAGUCUAGAAAUAAAUGGCGUUGCUGACGACAAAAGCAGCAGCGGUCGUAAUACACCCAAAGACAACACCACAAAUUCCAGUAAAUUCACAACUUCCAACUUCGUAGAGACAAUCGUCACCCAAUCGGAGAGUGUGUUUGGACAUGACGGCACUACUUCCACUACUACCACAGUAGCCGGUGCGACGGUUAAAUCGGGAUCGAACUCGAACUCGGGCCACAAAAACAGUGGCCAAUUGAAAUCGAAUUCGUCGUCGUCGAACAAGUCCUCGAUCCACAGUAAAAAGAGAAAAACCGGAGCACGUACGCCAACGGUGAUAGGGAAUGAAAACUCGAACCAAUCGGUCAGCUCAGAAGCCAGCGGUUCGGUCGUGGUUGCUGUCAGUUCCGUUGUACAGCAGGCGGUUUCGAGCAACAAUGUAGUACAGACAACCAUAACAGAAGCCACGAGCCUGAGCACAACCACCGAGCCAGAAAAAUCGAAAAAGCUGAAGGUUGAGAGCCCUAUUCAGUCACUGUCCAACACCCCAGUCAGUACCGAAUCAACUACCACACCUGUGAUAAUGGCUGUAACGCAGUCCCAAUCCUCGGUUGUUACCCAGUCGCCGACAACUACGUCGAACAGCAUAGUCGUCUCCGUUCCAUUAACUGCAACCUCGCUUCCUAAUACGGUGCAGAGCGUAGUAACGAGCGCUCCUACGCUCUAUCAGCAACUGCAACAGAGCAUUAUUACUACCGCGGCAACCGCCGAGCUAAGGUCCAGUGCUAUCUUAAAUUCGGAGAGAUUUACUCCGGAAGAAGCUCCUGCUAAGAGAUCUCGCUCUCAGUCGUCAGAUAAACAGGAAAGAGCACGCAAACCAAAGCGUGGAUCGUCGAAUAGUCAACCAGCACUGCCACAGUCACAGUCACAGUCACAGUCACAGUCACAACCACCGCCGACAGCUUCUUCCGUAGUAACGUCGGUAUCUAGUAGCUCCGCGGUAACAACGUCUAGACGGGGAGGAAGAAACAGUCAUCAGACUCCUCCACCGGCUGCAACCGUAGCACCUGUACCGUCUAUUAUUCAAGGACCCACGUUAAGCGGUGGACACUUUAGCAGCGUCAAUACUGGUUUGGUUAAUACAAUGGGCCCUACCGUGAAAGAGUCCCCUCCGAGCAGUCCAGGAUCCGAGAGUAUGAGCAGUAAUGGACCAGGAAGACGAAAGAGGAAAAGUGCCAGUGCAGCCUCUACAACGCCUACACCUUCUGCAUCCAGUACUCCGACGCUUACAAAUCCUAAAGAAGAAAAAGAUGUAAAGCUGUUUCAAAAUGGAGUUAGUGCACCGCACAUGUUAGGAAAUCAAUUGAACCCAACUUCAACGAUGGCGCAAAAGAUGUCGGACACCCUGUCACAAGAGCUGGAAGCACAUUCUAUUUUUACAGAAGCAAGUAAUUCUACAACGAAUUUAGUCGGCCCCCAGCUACACAGUCGGGUGAUCGCAUCUCAGAUACGAUCCAAUCAGACAGGUGCACCGCCUACGUCGUUUUCUUCAGUUUUUAAUACGGCAAGCAAUACCAAUCCUAAUACCAGUACCAGUACUAUCGGUGCUGGGUCCAUUACCGGUUCACUGGGAGGCGGAGCAAUACCUCAAACACUGGAUCAACUUUUAGAGAGACAAUGGGAACAAGGAAGUCAAUUUUUGAUGGAGCAAGCCCAGCACUUUGACAUCGCUUCUCUACUUUCGUGUCUUCAUCAAUUAAGAGCUGAGAACCUUAGGCUAGAAGAACAUGUAAAUAGUCUUUUACAAAGGAGAGAUCACUUAUUGGCUGUGAACGCUAGACUUGCUAUUCCGCUGACAACUCAGCCUAGUACGCAUCCAGCAAACAAUAUACAUCCGACUGUUAAUCCGUCUCAUCCCAACGUUCCACAUCCCGACGUUCCGCCAGGAGCCGCGGCUCCCGUUCCGAGAGUGAACCGCGAACCCCGAGUAAAUAACACGUACAUGCCUCAUUCGAGUUCGAGUAAUCAUUCGGCAACGUUGGAAAAUGGUUUACCGCCGGAUCCUUCACCCCCAGCCGCCGCGUCUCUAUCUCAAUAUCAACACCGGACUUCGUUGGUUGCACCUCAACCUAGUUCAACGAUCAGACACAGCCCGGCGGGAACCGCGUACCAUCAGGGCCAACCAAGUAACAUAGUGUCCCCGGCACCUGCUAGCAAUUCGGGAGUUGUCAGAAACUCGUCCGUUACACCAGAUCCGUUGCGUGGAGUGCCAAGCUUAUUGUCUUUCAGGUCAGUUCCACAGACGUUGAGCAAUUACAUGCCUUCCAUGUACCAAUCCACUAUGUCCAAUCUGACAAAUAAUCAAGUAGGUAACGUUCAUAACCUUCAUUCUCAUGGACCUUCUCCACCCAGCCAUGGACCACCAGGGAAACCUAGCUGAAGAUAGAUGCAAACAGGAAGUAAAGAGAAGCGUGGUGCAUCCGUUGACAGACGUGGUAGUGAUGAAGCUUGAUCAUCAACCGAGAGACGUGAGUACGAUGGUGAAAUCAUCAUCCGUAGAAAUGGAGAAGGAAUUCGUCGAAUUCCAUAUCUUCGCGAUCAACCCGAUCCGUGUUUUGUCGCUUAAAAUUUACUUGGUGUGGACCUCUGUCCGGUCUCUGCUCGAUUAAGCGCGAUCGAUCAGUAGCUCUAUAUGAUUUAGAAAAGCUUUUAGACAAAAUGUAAUACCGUCGAUCGGAAAGAAUCCGCGUUGCAUUUAUCUAUCGUUCGAUCGUUAUAGAAUUCAUGGUUCAAUUAAUUUAUCAAUUAUAAUGGGACGAAUAGCGUAGUUUAUUCUAAAUACCAUGCAUUUUUAUCAAUAUGUAAACCGAAAUUUUUUUUAUAUGACGUUGAUUCGAAUGAUUUGAUCGCGAAUUGCAGUGUACGAAACGUAUGAAAAAUUACGAACACGGCAAUUAGAGGUACCUAUCGUCCUUCCACGAGAAGAAGGCACAGGCGUGUGCCGCAUCCCGCCGAUCGCUUCUCACCGAUCUUCGUCACGCCGACUGCAACAGGAGUGGGGAUGUAAACACUCUGUGCUUACGUAUCGUGGAAGAACGGUAAGUUAGAAACGAAAAAGACAGGCAUUUUAGAUCGUUCGGUUUAUUUCGUUCCUCGUUGGUUGCGCGUCGUCGAGCACGUCUGGGACACUCUUUCCAUCGUUGGCAUCAUGAUGAAAGAAAUGAAUUAACGGGAAAUCCGCAGAUGUACAAAUCUUAGACUGUAAGUUAAUCUAUCGCGACGAGAAUAGCAAUAAUAUUUACAAGUAGGUGUACGUUUUAACGAAAGAUAAACCGCGUGUGAGUAUAUGGAGGUACGACAAAGUUCAUCCAUCGUUUUAUAAAGAGGCAUUUCUUGCAAAAACAUUUCAUCAACGUCGUACGGCUUUUUUUUUUCAUACGCAGCUUACGACGUGCGAAGACGAGGAUUCAGGACAUGGAGGACGUACAGUGCACGUUAAAUUCGGUAGAAAAUGCUUGGGAACGCGUCGAAUAAAACACUCUGUCGGAUCUAGUACCAAUUAUACAGGGUGAGUCAAUAAGAACUAUUAUCGAAAAUAAUUCGUUACGUGUUGAUCGCGUCGAAAAACAUUUUAACCCUUUAACUACGGUCGAAAACUUGUUCACGCUAUGAGCAACAUAGCGAUAUACAGCUGAUCGACCGACCGCCUAUUCGUAAUCAAAGGGUUAAACGAAUUUUCUUGUAUUUGGAAAGACUCGUCAAACGGAUGUAUAGCGACGUGCAAAAAUUUCCUAACAAAUAGUUUAUUUCCUUUACUUUCCAAAAACAAAACCUGAAGAAAUUUCUAUUAUUGUACAUAGGGGUACAUAGGGGUACAUCGUGUAAAAAAAAAAUACUCCAAAUAAGGCGAGAGUUUUUUAUACUUUCAUGCGUUUGUAUUUGAGAAAUUACUCGGCCAGCAAAGGAAAUAGUGAUCGUAACUCAUACUAUUACAGUUUUGGGAUAAUUCAGUCGACAUUUUAUAAUCGAUGGCAAUCGUGUCUUUGACAGCGACGAUAGCAGCACAGGAGCAACAAGAUUAAACGCAUAAUGCGAUUAAUAAAUCUCAUUCUUUUACGAGAACUUGCAAUAUUCGGUUUUCUCAAAGAUUCCUAAUUGGAUAUUCGAGUCCAUAAAUUGGCUUAGGGGGGUGUUGAAUUCCAGUAUAUGGUAAUAAAUAAACUUUUAAGUUUAUCGUGCCCGUAAUUUCUACAGGUUUUGCACUCCGAAUUAACCCUUUUCCAGAGAUCAUACUCACCUUUUUUCCACCAAAUAAAUUAACUCUUUUGCGGAUGAUGUUCCCCCUUAUUACAAAUCAUAUUCACCUUAUCGCGAAUCAAGUUUCGGGAUCAUACUGUUAUUUACCAUUUUUAUUUUGAUCCGAUAACUUCACAUCGGAUUUUAAAGAAAUAAAUUUGCAGAGAAGUUGAUUCGCAAGAGGAUGAAUUUGAUAUCCGUAAAGGUGAAUGCGAUCUGCAAAAGGCAAACUAAUGAAAAGUCUAGAAACACUUUGAAAGGUAUAAAAAAAUGAAAAUUCAUCGAAUCUGUUUCCAAACAUUUACGAUACGAUGAUCGAUAAUCGCUGCUCUAGGUCCUGAGUCCUUUGACUCGAACGUUCCGCUGACUCAAAUGCCAUACUGUUAAUUUUGUUCGAGAGAUCUCUUUGCAGGCACCGCUAUCGACAAAAGUUACACCUUCGAUAAGUAGAUUGUAAUGCGUAAUCGACCUGUCUCACAGCCGGACGAUGUAUAUUCUAAUCUUAUACAUAAAACAUACUACUUAGAUGUACAACACGAGCACUGCCUUCCACCAAUAAAACGUCGCCGUGGGACAGAUCGAUCAGGAUGUUCUCCUCUUCGUAACAAACGUAUAAUUGUUUUUACUUUAACAUGGUUCUCGAUUGACUGAUAGAGCCGUAAACGUGAGCUGCGGCAACCGUGCCCGCUUAUACCAGAGAUCAUGAUUUCGAACGUGUAUUUAUAUGUUACGUUUAUUGUAGAUUUGCCACAGGCAAAAAUAACAAAUAGUCCAAUUUCGUUUAAACGCGAGACGAUCAGCGUCGAGCAUUAUUCCAAUAAAAUUUCAAUCAAACUUGAAAUUAAACUUUUAUUUACCCGUUAUUCGCGAAUCACGUUAAUAAGUUUAUUCGUUGUUAACGAUAACUUGUGCCCAACGCUAUUCUCAUCCGAUAUUCGACUAUUUCGUUAGACGUAAACGAUCGCGAGAAAGGAAAUUCUAGAUACGUUAACGCGCGUGAAUUGGUGUAUUUGAAAUGCACGGUGAAAUAGAGAUCUCUGGCUUGUACGUUUAGGUUUAUUCUCGAGCAAAGUCGAGAAGCGUGUUUCGCGAUUGUACAUUGUAGAUUUUACACACGUUUCGUUGGCGAACAAGCGGGUUCGUUUGCGAUUAAUUUUUGUUUCGUUGUUAGUAUCUCUUGCCUUUCUCGAUGGCACCGCACACACUUUACUCGAAUCGAAGGCGACAGUCGCGAUCCAUGUCGCCAUCACUUUAACGAUAACCGUAUGCUAGACGCGUAAUCAAAACUUGUUAGAAGAGUACACGAAGCUGUUGGGGAGAGUCGAAGGGUGGUGGUAGGACUUUAGCUCGAGAGACUACUAGGGGCUAUAUGGUAAUGUAUGACAGAAUUUGGCUCGAUCGUUUUUAUCCAUCGUGACGGAGCGGAGGCGGUGAUUAAAAAUAAAAAAAACAGCGUGUUGCAGGUGCGCGCGUGUCUGAGUACAUAUUUCUAACGAGAAGACUAGUUAGUUAGUGUUUCUCUUUUAUCGGUUCGUUUCUACUGAACAUUUUCUAGAAGAUAAACAGCGAUU